AUGGAAGGUCUUGUUCUGUCUGAGAACACCAGCUACACAGCUUCCAAAUAUUCUCACGGGGAUGUCACUUCGAGCGAGACACAAUGCAGUCUCUGCUGUGGUGUUGGAAAGCCUCAGAUCGUCAAAGUCAACAAAGCCCAUGAUGAUGUUGUAACAUUCUUAAGAUGGUUAUCGGAGACUCAGGGACACAAAGAUGGCCCCAAAGAAAUGAUAUUUAUCGAAUCAGUCGAGCAGGUGACGUGGGAGCGAGUCGGAACAGUGAAGCCGGAAGCGUGA